GACGGAUGAGGGGACUCACGCGCCAAUGGAGCGUGUAAGAGCUGCACGGUCAGGCGACGGAACUCCGAUAUAUAUAUUCCGACAGGGAAAUGAGAGUGGAGGGGCAGAACAGUCAUUUACUAAUUACGUUUAAUACUUCCCUCUAUUUAAGCACUUUUGGUCCGAAUAUGAAAAACAGUCUUCACUUCUAUAAACCAUUUUAGGGUUUCUGAAUUGAAUUUCACUCAGUUAAAUGACUAGUGAGCUACAAAAGGAGUCAAUGGACAUUGACAGUCCUGGAGGAAGUAAAGGGAGUCCACAUAGGCUCCAGGGAAAUGGUUUUAGCCUCUAUCCGGUGUCCGUUAAUGAUUCAGGUGAAGGCCUGCCAUAUGCUCCUGAAGAUUGGCCUAAUCCUGGCGAUAAGUGGGGUUGGAAAGUUGGGAGAAGAACUGCAAUUUCUGGAUACUAUUUGGAUAGAUACAUGUAUCUUCCCGUCCGUCUCCGUGAGGCUGGACAUAAAAAAGGGUUUGCAAGCAGGCUCUCAGUUGAACAGUAUAUCAGAGCAAAAUUCCCUGACACAGAUAUUGAUGCUUUUUUUGCCUCAUUUAGUUGGAGGAUCCCUUCAAAAUCAUCUAAGAAAGGUGACAGAGAGAUGUUCAGACAUCCAGGGGAGACUGCAGAUGAUCCAGGAUCUGAUGUCCAUAUCAAUGGGGUGCGUUGUAAGGCUGGUAACAGUUUUUGCAGCAGCUUAGCUGCAGGAGAGGACCAUGUUUCAGAAGUCAUGUUCUGUGAUAUUUGCUGUAGCGAACCUCGUUUUUGCAGAGAUUGUUGUUGUAUUCUAUGUUGUAGAAUUAUUGAUAAAGCUUGUGAUAGCUAUGGCUACAUUAGAUGCGAAGCAAAUAUUGAGGGCUAUGCUUGUGGUCACAGUUGUCAUAUUGACUGUGCUCUUCGAGCUUACAUGGCCGGGACAGUUGGAGGAAGCAUUGGAUUAGAUGCAGAGUACUAUUGCCGUCGCUGUGAUUCAAGAACCAAUCUGGUUUCACAUGUUAUAAAGCUUCUCGAAAACUGUGAGUCAAUUGUUUCACGGGAUGACAUUGAGAAGAUUUUGAAAAUUGGUAUUUGUGUUCUGCGUGGAUCAAAGAAAGCAAGUGCAAAGCAGUUGUUGCAUCACAUCGAGUUGGCCAUGUCAAAGCUUAAGAAUGGAACUGACCUUGAAGAUAUUUGGAAGAAGGAAGAUGUCUCUGCAGCUACUGCUGUAGGGCUGUCAUCGAACUCAAAUGGUGCAUUGGGAUUUGCAAAGAACGAGUCACAGGACCAAGAAACAGGCUCACCGCUAUCAUCAAAAUUUGACCAUCGAGUCGAAUCACUAAAACUUGAGGAUGAAGUUGAUCAGAUCCUGGAUUCAUUAAGAAAGUCACAAGAGAUAGAAUACAGACUUGCGGAGGAAAGGCUUUCAGCUCAGAAGAAUUAUAUUCUAAAUCUCUAUCAACAGCUCAACAAAGAAAGAUCCGACCUCUCAAGGCAUACAUCAUCAGAGGAUCAGGAUUCAUUGCUGGAAGCUGUUCUGAGUAGGGUCGAUCAGGUAAAACGAGAAGUCUCCCGACUCAAGGACAUGGCUGAAGUUGCAAAAGGAUUCGGGAGGGUUCCUAAACACAUUCUUAAGGAACAAUUUGAUUUAGAUAUUGAGCAUUGACAAAAAACUUUUGUUUGCUGAUUUUAUACCCACCACAGCUCUGAUGUUUGAUAUCACAAUUUUGUAACAGUGUUUAUUGUAAGAUGAACGUAUCGUUAGAGAAUGUAUAAUGAAUUUGAUUGUCA